CCGGAUCAGCACGAACAUCAGCAGCCGGCGGCUCUUGACGACGAGCGUCCGGCGCUGUUCGAGGCGCUCCGGGCCAAGGAGGGGGUGGUGCUGGCGAGCGAGGGGGAGGAGGACGGGUACGGCGGCGCGGCGGGCCGGGAGGCUGCGGUCGGCUGGGCGUCACGCGCGGUGGCGCAGCUGGGCUUCUCCGCGCUCGCCGCCGCCUACUCGACCGCUGCUUCCUUCACGGGGGCGCGCUCCGGCUCGGCGACCAACGCUGGAUGGCGCGCCUCGCCGCCAUCGCCUGCGUCGCGCUCGCCGCUAAGGUCGAGGAGACGCGCGUGCCGCUGCUCCCGGACCUCCAGCUCUGCGCCGCCGCCACACGGACGGGAGGCAGGAGUGGGUCGAACCACUCGACCCUAAGGUUUGAGGGUAUCUAAUUCGCAGAUCCAAAGCAGUUUAGUGGGUUGAAUAUGGAGCCCAAUAGAAUCUCUUUUUUGGUCCGGUUUGCUGAACCGGUGGGUCGAACCGCACCACCCCCAUCUUGAGCGCGACCCCUUCGAUGCUGGUAGUUUUUUGUUUUUUUUUUCUCAGGGUCCUUUUCGUCCGGCCCAUGGUCCCAGCACGACACCGCCGUGGGCCAACCCAAGGGAAACUCUCGCGGUCUGAUCACUUUAGGCCCAAUGGACCCGUGCCGUCUGCCAGCAGCCCAGCACCAGCAGCCAACGCCAAAACCGCUCGGGAACCAGAUGAGGUGUGGGAGUGGGACCGUGAGAGGCUCGGCUACCUCUCCUGCAAAAUGGCUAUGGCAAUGGCUUCCUUCGUCGCCGCUCCGCACCACCACGGCAGCCACCUGGCCGCCGGCUUCCCCUUCUCCGCGCGAGCAGGAAGGAGCGUCGGCCGCAGCGGCGCCACCAUCUCCAUGAGAGCCCAGAAGAAGAAGAGCAAUAGUGACUCCGGGAGCAGUAGCGGAGGUGGGGACGGGCGGGCCAGCAGCGGGCGGCGAGUGUGGCGUCGUCGGAAACUGACCAAAGAAGAUGACAUGUUGCGUUACAAGUUGGAUCGUAUCCCUUUCUUAGAAGAGAAGGUGAGAAAAGUAAGGGAGAAUGGGAAGAUCAUAUGCCUGGACAUUAAUCAGCUGAUGUUAUCUCAAGAGAAUAGAUUUGCGUUCACCAUGGAGGUGGCUGAAGAAGCUAAUGCCUAUCUUGAGAAGAACAGGCAUGAAUAUGGGUUGAAGAAGCCUAUACUGCAUGUUCUCAGUGACCGCAUGAAUGAAGCUGGGUUUUCUCGGCCUGAGGGUUACCUUUAUCCUUAUCCUAUCAAGCCUGGUCCUUAUUUCAUUAAAGAGGAAGGAAACUGAGUAAAAUCACGUGCUACUUGGAUCAUAAAGCUCAAGCUGGGAGCCUCUUUUCAGAAGGAAGCGGUCCUGGAGGGCUUAGUCGUGUUGUAUACACUAUACACUCUUCAGUUGGGAGGGAUCAAGAAUUCUCUGAAAUAUAUUGCGUAAUCAAUCGGAAAGCUUGAAAUCAAGGUGCUAGAUGUAGAAGUGUUGCAAUAGCAUCUUAGUAUUAAUACAAAGCGAAGACAACGAAGCAUUUCUGUCUAGGCGGUUGUAUUUGUUGCUUCAGUGCUAACAGGAGACCAUAUUGCUUAAGCAUGCAUUAAAAUGAAGAUCUGCAGUGAGGACUAUAUGAAAGCUGGACCAGUAGCCAUUCCGUAUCAGGAUUUUUUGAUAAACCUUACGGACCAUUUUGUCUUUGUUAUUGAUCCCAUUUGGUAGGAAUCUACGCAGUGAAGGUUUGCUUCUCCUUUAUGAAACAAGCAUAUCCCAGACUCAACUUUUGAUAUGCCCGACCAAAUAACGGGUGCACUCCUGUUCUGUCACGGAAAAGUUUGUAAGCAUCCUUGCAUGAUUCUAUUCGGGCGUGGAGGCAGUGGGGUUGGAAUU